GUGACGGCGGCAGCAACAGCAGCAGCAGCUUCCAGGCCGAGGCUUUGGGUUUUUCACGCGGCUGCGGGAAAGCUACUUUGCACGAUCUUCCUUCCCAUUCAUUAGCCAGGAGCUGGCUGGCUUGCCGAGGAGCAGUAAGCUAAACUCCCAGGGUCAGCCGGGAUUGGUCGACUUCCCGAUCACGCUGAGCAAAACUUUUCCAACUCCCCCCCGCUCCCAAUCACUAUUAUUAAAGAGAGAAACUUUUCGAGAAGGACUUGGAAACAAUCAAGGGGCGGGCGGGGGAGCGAUCACUCGCUUUCUCCUCUGCGAGAAAAUUAAAAGAAAGCAACCCUCCGCCACCUCCUGCAAACUCCCAAAGGGCCCGCGCGGCAAGUUUGCCCAAACAACAAAAGCCUGCUAAACAACCACCCCCCUUCCUCCAAAUUCUCCUCCUCCUCCUCCUUCCUGCAAGCGAAGAUCCCGACCUGAGCACCGGUCUAUCGCCUGGAUUUUCCUCCUCUUUUUUGCUUGCCACCGACGAGCAAGAAAAAUACGUUUGCGUUUGGAAGGGCGAUUCCCCGCAGCAAACCAUGCAGAAUUACAAGUACGACAAGGCGAUCGCUCCGGAGAGCAAGAACGGAGGCAGCCCUGCCUUGAACAACAACCCGAGCAAAAGCCCCAGCAAGAAAGCUUUACUGAUUUGCCUCGACCUCUUCUGCCUCUUCAUGGCUGGUCUGCCAUUUCUGAUCAUUGAAUCGAGCACAAUCGCGCCCUAUCAACGGGGAUUUUACUGUAAUGACGAAAGCAUCCGCUAUCCUCUGAAAAGUGGAGAGACCAUCAACGAUGCUGUCCUCUGUGCUGCUGGCAUUCUUAUAGCCAUACUUGCGAUCAUAAUAGGAGAGUUCUAUCGGAUCCAUUGUUUGAAGGAGAGAUCCCGAUCCUUCAUCCAGAACCCAUAUGUAGCGGCGUUGUACAAGCAAGUGGGUUGUUUUGCCUUCGGUUGUGCCAUCAGCCAGUCCUUCACAGAUAUCGCCAAAGUGUCGAUUGGACGCUUGAGGCCCAAUUUCAUUGCAGUUUGUGACCCGGAUUUUACAACAAUCAAUUGCUCCGAUGGUUAUGUCCAUGAAUAUCAGUGCCGUAAUCUCGACAACAACAAAGUUCAGGAAGCCAGGAAAUCAUUCUUCUCCGGCCAUGCCUCCUUCUCCCUCUUUACUAUGCUUUAUUUGGUGCUGUACCUACAAGCCAGGUUCACCUGGAGAGGGGCCCGCCUGCUGCGUCCCUUGCUACAGUUUACGCUGAUUAUGAUGGCAUUUUACACAGGACUUUCUCGUGUGUCUGACCACAAGCAUCAUCCAUCAGACGUACUGGCAGGCUUCAUACAAGGGGCCCUGGUGGCUUAUUGCAUAGUGUUUUACGUCUCGGACCUUUUCAAGCAGAAAACAAAGACUUCCCAGCCUCCUCCUCCAAUCCGGAGGGAGAUACUUUCACCUGUGGACAUCAUUGACCGGAACAAUCAUCACAACAUGGUGUAGACAUUUGAGAAAUAUAUGUAUUUUUUUUUUUAAAAAAAAUGUUUUUGUUUUUUGCAAAAUGACUGCUGACAGCAACUACCUGCUGCUCUCAAUCUCAUCAGACAGUAGAAUGUAGGGAGAGACUCUUGCCUGAUCAAUAAGGUCUUAUUCUGUGACCUUUUUACUCUUACAACGUUUGCAUAAAAUGGAUGUUGUUCAACUAAGUCAAAGGCAACAAUUACGAAAUGAAUCCAAACAUGAUGCAGGAAUUCUAAAUGUGCAAUUGGCUGAGUGUUCAUGUUGUAAUGAAUGCUGAACUGUUCAUAGCUUAAUGAACACUAAAUGAUUACUAGGAAACCGGCCAUCUCUGCUUCUCUUCUUUUUUUAAACUAUGAAGAUUUCCAAUUCCUGUUAAGAGAGGUGGAGGAGAAAAAGCCUCGCCAACUAGAUUAUAGCACUAUCUACAAGAAAUAAGCACUGAUUCGUGAAUUGUGAUCACUUUCUAAGGGUAACCUCUUAUUUUAUUGGUUUUCUUUUACCCCAUUCCAUACUGUGACUUAACUUCUGGUUUAGGAGAAGCAUGCCAGGUAAAAUGUUAGAAGGGCAUCUUUUCCCACUGCACAGACCCUGAAUACCUUUCUAUGCCCAAUAAGGCAUAAAUGAAAUCCACUUGUUAAAUAGAACCCAACCUAUUUCACAGGUAUCCUUGAUACUAAGAGUCAUUCUGCAUUUUUUCAUCAAUCCCACUUCCUCUGACUAGCGGUGUGGCAUUCUCUAUGUUCUUAUAAUCUCUAAUACAUAGGAGAACAGGUUGGAUUUGUCAAAUAAGGGACAGUCAAGACGUAUGGAAAAACAACAACCCAUACCUCUAGUAUGUAAUGUCAAUAGUACUGUAUGAAACGUUCAGCCUGAAUUGAAUUUGCUCUACGGCCUAGUAAAAUUUUCCUCCCUUGCUCCAAUUGACCCAAACAAAUAACUUUUUUUUUGGAAUGAUUGCAAAAUAGGAUCUUGUUUGUGGUCAGUCUUAUUGAUGCAUGAUAGCGCUCUGGGGUUGAGACUCAGAACAUUAAUUCUCCAGGUAUGGGGCGGACUGCUGGACAGGACCAUCCUUGCCUGAUAUUCAGUCAAAUCCAUCUUACGUUUUCCAUUACCUUAAAAGGGCAUCAUUAUAAACUAUUCAGGAGAGCCCAUCCUUCCCCAAUCUGGUGCUUUCUAGAUGUGUUGAAUAACAACUCAUAUAAUUCCCAGCCUCCCUACGCAUUGGUUAUGUUGGCUGUGUAUGAUGGGAGUUGUUGUUCAACACACCUAAAGAGCACCAGGCUGCAUUAGACAACAGGCUGAAUGCUGCCCUCAGCAACACCAAGGCCAUCCGAAGAAAGUACAAAAGAGCAGACCUAGUUCUAGGCUUUCAGAUGGAAUUCUGAACGGCGCAUGUUUUUUAAAGAAAUUAAGAACUGAACUGGUAAUGUAAUCAAGCAGGCUGGCCUAUGCACACCUUGUCAUGAAAAAUCCGUCCUAUCAUUUCAAUUCUAGCAAGCUAUGAUUUUUAUAAAUAUAUAAAUAUAUAUAUAUAUAAAUAUAUAAAUAUUAUAUAAAUAAUGUAUAAAACAUUAAAAAUUAACUAUGUAAAAUAUUAUUUCUGAAACAAUUUUAGAUAUAUCCACUAUGAUUAUAAACUGUGUUUUGACCUGUGUUAUUUACAUUUUGCUGCUUAAGAAAAAAAGCAUUGACUUAAUUUUUUUUAUAGUCGACUAAAAUAUUGUAGUUCUGUGGUAGCAAUAUUUUAAUGAAAAUAACAACUAAAGACAAUUGUAUAAAAAUCAUAUUAAAUUGUCUGUAUUUUUGUAAUGUUUCUUUUUUUUGUAAAAAGAGGAAUAUGCAAGACUUUUUGUAGAAUACAGAAUUAAAGUUUGUAUUUGCAAAAAAAAUUGCUGUAUAAAUGUGCUUCAUAAAUAAAUGUU